UUUUUUUGUUUCCCCACACAGGCGGCUGCAGGGAUCCUUUGUUACGUUGGUGCCUAUGUCUUCAUUACGUACGAUGAUUACGACCACUUUCUUUGAAGAUGUAUACACGCUUAUUCCUGCUGUUGUCAUCAUGGGGGUCGGGGCGCUCCUGUUCAUUAUUGGUUUAAUUGGCUGCUGUGCCACCAUCCGUGAAAGCCACUGUGGCCUGGCAAUUUUUGUGCUGAUUCUACUGAUAGUUUUCAUCACGGAAGGAGUUGUCGUGGUACUCGGCUAUAUCUACAGAGCAAAGGUGGAGGAUGAGGUUGAUAACAGUAUUCAGAAAGUGUAUAGUGAAUACAAUGGAACUUACCCAGAUGCUGCCAGCCGAGCAAUUGAUUAUGUACAGAGGCAGUUGCGCUGUUGUGGCAUCCACAAUUACUCUGACUGGGAAGAUACACAGUGGUUCAAACAAACCAAGAAUAAUAGCGUGCCAAUCAGCUGCUGCAAAUCGAGCAUCACCAACUGCACAGGCAGCAUGAACCGUCCUUCAGACCUGUAUGCUGAGGGAUGCAAAGUUCUGGUGGUGAAGAAGCUACAGGAAAUUAUGAUGUACGUUAUUACAGCUGCUCUAGGAUUCGCCGCGAUUCAGGUAAGGAUAGAAUAACUUGAUAAAGAAACUAAUGGCA